AUGAAAGAGAUCCUAGUCCAUCUCUCCGCGCCCACCUCUCGCAAGGAUGACGAGCGAUACAGGAGGCUCGCCGAAGCCUACGACGACUUUGAGCCUGCAACCACCAUCGACUGCACUGCUCGGAAGCACAUGAACCCCCCAGUGGAUCCAGGCGACUACCAGACUCCGGCAAACUCCAAAGGGUUCCAAGACCGCAACCCGCGUCCCGAUGACGCCAAAGCAGGCGCUUCGGCCGUUCGAGUUGCAGAAACUCCGGCCGCCGCUGGCUUUGUGGAAACCGCACAGAUCGUCCCUGCCUCGAGACAGUCUGUAGCCAAGGGCAAGAGGCCUGAAAUUUUUGCCCAAGCACCGGACUUCGGGAGCUUCAUGAGCACGCCCGCGUCGGGAUCGCCUGUUGAGCAGCUCCAUGAGCUCGAGAAACGAUGGGCUCACCAGAAACCGUCUUCUGUCAAACGCUCUGCAUCGAGCCAACCAAGAACAAGCACCGGUGGAAGCACUCCACGGCCGUUGUACACCGAAGAUACGCAGGAAGCCUUGGCUAUGCUCGAAGACUACGUUGACACCUCCUUCUACGGUUCUGACGCUCCAUUCUCGGAUAUCGAGUCGCCAAUCACCCAGGGAACCAGUAAGAGGCCGCGUCUCUCGUUUGAGCCUAGCCCUUCAGAGACAUAUCGGGCGCAAUACCAUGCAGGAACUCGGAAAUCAACUACCCCACCAAUUCCCAGUACUUGGAUACCCCCGCCAAGAACACCCCCGAGGGAGGACAUGAGCUCACAGAUGAUUGACGACUACGGUUUCAGCAAUUCCGAGUCAUCACUACGAAAUUCCGAGGGCCCCCGGCCUAUGGUCGAGAGUAAUGUCGGAGCAGACGAAAAUCUGAGACCCGCGCCUGAAAACGACGUGCGACAGCCGAGUGAAGUUCCCGAGUCUCAUGGUGCACACCAAGAGGGGGCACGGCAGGAACCACGACAAUCUCAGGUCUCCACGCAAGAUGUAUCUGAUGAUUCCCCGGCCAUUGGAGCACCGAAUGCUGGGGGCGAGCGUCGAGCAGAUGCGACCACAACUCCCCUCGAGCCGAGUAUAGCCCUUGCAGCGGCCCACGCCCACGGAUCUCCGAAUUGCGACUUUGGUUCACUCCCGCUUCAGCUCUUUCCCAAAGCCACCCCUUCAGGAAGCAAGCGAGUGUUCAACGAGGUGACGUCUAUGCUCCAGCUAUAUGCCGAGAAAGCCUCGAUAGCCAAACACUACAAGCCGGCAUUGGUCUGGCGCGAUAUCAGACCCACGGAGCGUGGAUGUUGGAUGUUCGACACAUCGAAUUGGAGUCACACCCGCCAGCAUGAGUUUUGGACACGCAUGGAGUAUCUGACAAAGCAUGGCUACUUGGGUAAUGCGUGGCUGCAGAGAAAUAUCGCAAAGGACUGGAAGCGUGGCGGGACGGAUGGACGAGAGGCAGAGGGCUUGGGAGUGGUUUGGAUGUUUUGUUGGGGGCAGGCCGUGCCGUAUCUUUGGAUUGUUUUGCUGACGGAAAGCCAUUUGGAGAUUCGGAGGAAGAAGUCCAGUGCGCGAUGGGUGGUUGGGCCGAUGGAGAGUUUGGAGAUUGUGGUCAAGAUGCCCGAGCCGGCCAAUGAUUGA